GGAAUCGUGGAUAUAGGGGUGGGAUCAGAUCGAUUCGAGAGCGCCAGGUUUAAAGGAAGCACGCGACAAUAGUUUUGAUCUUGACAUGAUACACAAACCACAGCCACAACCACCACAACAACUGCCCCAGCCCCAGCCCAGACCCAAGCCCAGGCCACUGCCCCUGUCACAGGUACCCAUGAGACCGUUCAUUCCGCCUCUGACCCACACCUCCUCCCAUCCCGUGCACCCACAGCCGCACGCCAGCGGCCAUAGCGGCCAUAGCGGCCAGUGGCUGUCCUCCUCAUCCUCCUCCCUCGCCCAGACCUCGUUCAGUCAGCCGAGGUCGCGACGCGAACUCUAUCCGCUGCGCCACCAGCCCCAGUCCUAUCCCCAGGCCCGGCCCCACAGCCUCAGCCACACCCAUUCCUAUGGGGGCCAUCAUGCGCCAUCCCAAUACCGUUACCCAGUCCAGGAGACCUCCUUCGCCCAUCCGCCGAGAGCGGCGUCGGCGGCGGGUGCGAGGGGCGAUCCUCCAUUCAGCAACCCAUCCCUGAGCAAUGUCGAGGCUGUCACGCAUGCCAUCCGCAACAAGAUCAUCUUGGAAGAGGACGAGGAGGAUAUCCUGAGCACGGAUCGGUUCUAUUGAAGAGAUUUCAGCGCGCUUGAGUCGUCACCCCUUUUGAGCUUUUUUUGGUUCCUACACUUGGAGAGCUGCACAGAUCCGAGGAAGAGCAGUGCCAAAUCCAAUCAAAUCCAAUCACACUUGUAAAUGUUCCAUUCGAAGAUCAAUUUGUUGACACGGAAACAAACACACACACACACACACGAGGGAUACAUUUAGACGAUUUAAAAAGUGAAGUUUAAUGAUAGAGUGCAGGUUAAAGUGCAAGUAAAAGUAAAGUUUAAAGUUAAAAGUAAAAAGAGUAAAAGUAAAACGAGCAGCCCAAUGCCAAGUGGGGCCUUAAUGUGUCUUAAAUGCUAUAGCUAAGUGUAAUCAGAUUUUAUUUAAAUAUAAUAUGAAUUUAAAUUUAAAAAAAAUGAUCUUAGGUCUAAGCCUAAGAUUUAAGCCAGUGACAGCAGCCCGUUCAAACCAGUAGGUGGAGGAGGAAGGAGCAUGGAGCAUGGGAGCAUGGAGCAUCCUGCAAGCAUUUGUUGAUCCAAUGGGGAAGGGGUUCGCGUCUCGUAUUCGUUAUGCAAUCGAUUGACUAAGUACAUGAAUAAGUGUCAGCUUUAAUAAUUUAGUGAACGUGUAUUAAGUCUAAGUCAAGCCACACACACCAAAGACACACACCAAACACACACACUGACUCUCAGUUUGACUUUAAACCGAUUGAAAUCUCUUUAAUAGUAUCAAAUCGAUGUCUUAUCCCCCAAAUCCUCUAUCCAAAAAUUUGGUAUUUCUUCCUCUACUUCUUCCGCUACCUUGGUAAUGCUACAAUACUAGCCUUUAACUGUCAGUUAGGUGUACUUCCUUCCUUCCUAAAUGGGCUUCUCGAAAGUACUUACGAGUACAGUGCGUUGCAAAAGCUAGCAGACAGAUGCAACUCUUCAAAAGUAUGGAAUGCAAAAUGUGCUUAAUAUCCCAAGACAUUUCCUGGGGCAUUACAACAGGUAACAGGCUUUCUCUUUCCCCUUUCUAGACAUAGGUAUGCUGACAACUUCAGCUUUGAUGAGCUUUAAAAUAAACUUAGAAAUUCACUUUUGCAACUGUCUUAUAGCUUGGAGGCGCACUGUACUCUCAGCUAGAUUUUGAUUACCCCUAAGCUAUAGCAAUAUUUUCUUCGAACUAGAUACCUUGCCACACACCAUAUCAUGCCACACACACACACACACACCUGCCAAUCAAUGUACGCACAGUUCGCACCGAUUUGCAAUCCCAAUGUGGAUCGCUAGCGAACGAACCUUAGCUGGCCACCAUUCAGAAUCGAUUACAGGGAAGGUGGAGAAGGCGAUUCUGGAUGAUGCAGCCAUGGGUAUAGCGAUUUAAACUACCAGUGCCUUAAAAAAAACCAUCAAAACGAGUAACACAAGAGCAUUCACCAACACCAACACCAGCACCACCACGUCGAUGUUCAAUGCAGACUUACUUUCAUUCACUCACAGAUAUCCUUAUACCAUACACAUCCGCAUCCCCCCAUCAGCCACACAUACACACACACAUACUCAGUCACGCCGCCUCCCACGCUAAAGUCGUAUGCGUCAAAAUUAUUGUUCAAGUAUUGUAAGUUACACGUAAAAAUGUUGAAGUAAAAUCGCUGAUCUGGCCCAUUCCGAACGAGCACUCCUUUUACAAUUCCAACCACCAAAGACAAAAUUUUGUGAACCUAGCGCCAAGCAAUGAUGAAACGCACUGCAUUCAAAUCGAUCGCCACUUGGAUAACUAACUAAGCACACCCACAGAACCCAACCCAAAGUCCCGUGACUAAGCUGAAUCCUCACUGGGAACUGAGCUGAACGAGAAAAAUGGGACACGCAUCAGUGGGGUGUGAGGUGUGGGGAGUACUGGAGGGAUAGUGGGUGCACUCCUAUAUGUAGAAGACAGGCCCAUGGCCCAGGGCAGAACAAAGCAAAAAUCUAGUACUUUUUUAUGUAAGAGACUACACACAAAGGUGAUAUAAGUAAAUUUUUGGAGAGUACAUUUGAACAGCUACUAAAAAUGGAAAUUGUUUGAAGGGGAAAUGCAAAAAAAAAAAAAAAACAAAGGGAACAAGACUCCAAGAUCAGAGUCCUUAUGUGCGAAUGUAUUUCCUUGAGAGCAGUGCCCGCCAGUCCAAAGUUUGGGAUCAUAUGGGUUUGGUUGGGGGGGAGAAUUGGUUGGUCCAGGCACUGGGCAGUCGCAUUGAAUAGAACAGAAAUGAGAGGAAAAAAAAAGGAAAACCGAGAUUAAACUACGAUACGCAAGCACUUCUUGUAUAAAGUGGCAAACAAAAUUGAUCUAUGUAUUAGCUAAACUUAAAUCAAUGAAAUAUUACUUUUUAAUAUUAGUAUAAAGUUGAGGACAAAACCUAGAUACGAUACGAUAUCCUCCUCCUCCUCGGCCAGGGAGGAGCGAAAUGGAAUACUUAAGAUUAAAGAUCGACUCCAUGGCAGACAGUUGAUUGCGAGUGUGUACUUAAGAAUAUUGCACAUAAUUCACAGAACUGGUAUUUCAAUAUAAAUAUAUACAUACAUACAUAUAUAUAUAUAUAUAUAUAGUAUAUAUAUAAAGAAAGAUACACGCCCCUAUACAUAAAGAUGAAUAUACUGAUUGAUAUACAUAUACAUACAUAGCGGUGUAUGUAUGUAUGUUCUUACUAUAAUUAACAAAAUUUAAACGGAUACAGAUAGAGAAAUCAGCCGGCAUUUUGUAAGCGAAGCAAACCAAAUAAAAAAACUAAAAAAUUAAUGAUUAAAAAUAAAAAACAUAAAACUAUAACAAAUUGUACCAGAUAAUGUUCAGUGACAUCUGCGAAGCGAAC